AUGAGGGUGUGGAGUGAGGGUGGAGGGGUGAGGAGCAGUUGUUCCUCACCCUUCGGGCCCCUGUCGCGAGACCAGCAAGACCCAGACCUCCUAGACCCAGACCAGCAAGACCCAGACCUCCUAGACCCAGACCAGCAAGACUCUGACCAGCGAGACCCAGACCAGCAAGACCCAGACCUCCAAGACCUAGACCAGCAAGACGCAGACCUCCUAGACCCAGGCCAGCAAGACUCUGACCAGCGAGACCCAGACCAGCAAGACCCAGACCUCCAAGACCUAGACCAGCAAGACGCAGACCUCCUAGACCCAGGCCAGCAAGACUCUGACCAGCGAGACCCAGACCAGCAAGACCCAGACCAACAAGACCAAGAACAGCAAGACCCAGACCAGCCAGACCCAGACCACGUAGACCCAGACCAGCUAGACCAAGACCAGCAAGAUCCACGGCUCCUAGACCCAGACCAGCAAGACUCUGACCGGCGAGACCCAGACCUCCUAGACCCAGGCCAGCAAGACUCUGACCAGCGAGACCCAGACUGGCAAGACCCAGACCAACAAGACCAAGAACAGCAAGACCCAGACCACGUAGACCCAGCGAGACCCAGACCAGCAAGACUUUGA